AUGCUCUUUGUUGCAGGCUCCUCCGUCAGCACAGGCGGCACCUCUGCUCAGGCUUGCAUCGCUUGCGCUUCCUGUGCAACACAGAGGACGCCACCUGACAUGAGCAGCGGAGAGGCUGGUGCCCGAGUGACGUUAAGUGCAGGGUAUUUUUCUCAGGAGCUGGAAGACAUUGGCGAAUUGGAGGAGCGAUAUCCGUAUGAUGUCUACCUCUACAUGUAUGACAUCACAGACGGCUGGGCUUGCCGGUAUUCGCCGCUUUUUUGCUUGGCCAACGCCUUCGAGCCCUGUAUCAUACCGGGAUUGUGGUGCGAUGUCUCGAUGGCGAUCUGGAGUACUGGUUCGGUGGUCGCAUCCAGACAAAGUCAGCGGGGCGCACACCUUAUGGUGAGCCGCUGGACAAAAGGCUUUCGUCCCCCACCUUUGUCCCGGACUCCUAUGACAUUGCCUUCCACAACUGCAAUUCCUUCUCUGCGGCGAUGUUG